UAAUGUCAAAAUCACGUAGUUAGUCUUCUAUUCCAGCUUUUUUAUAGAAAACAUAUGAUAUUUUAGAAGUAGAUCUUAAUAAUUAUUCAAAGAAUCCUUAAUUAUAAGAUAUUGUAGGUUGGAAUGAAGAUGGUUCAGGUUUUUUAGUGAAGAACGUAAUAGCUUUUCAAGAUCAAGUUUUACCUAUGUAUUUUAAACACAGGAAUUUUGCUUCUUUUGUAAGAUAAGUAAAUAUUAAAAAAUUGAUAUUGAUUAGAUGAACAUGUAUGGAUUUCAUAAAUCAAGAAGUGAUUAAAAAGAGAAUGAGUUCAUUCAUCCUCAUUUUAAAAAGGAUCAACGGUAAGUAUAAUUGUUAAAAUUAGAAAUCUAUUGAAGAAAAUAAAGAGAAAAUCAGGAGAACAUGGUGAAGAUUAAUUUGCUAUAAUGGAAUUGAAACCCCAUCGUAAUUAAAAUAUAUCAGAUGUAAUAUUAUUAUGGAUCAAACAAAAAUUAGAAACAAAUUUAAUAGAUAAUGACCAAAUAGUAAGAGUUAGAGAAAGUGUGCAAGAUUCUGAUUGAAUAAAAUAAUAAAAUAUUACAAUGUAAUUAAUAAUUAAGAAACUAAUUGGUUCAAGAAAAGUAAAUAUUGAAUUGAUGAGAUUAUUAGAUUUAAUGGAAAUAAGAAGUUAUAGAAAUUGAAGGAUUACUUUUUAGGUCAACAACAAUUAUAAGAUGAUUGUUUGCAAGUAUAAUAAAAGUAUAAAAAUUAAGAAACGUGCUCUUGAAGAUUUAAUUUAAUCUGACAAUGAGGAAUUAAUACUUCCUAGUUAGAAGAAGGUCAAAGGAGAGGAUUCUGAUAGCACCAUUGAUAAGAUGGAACAAUUAUAUGGACAACCUCCUUUGAUGUUAACUAAUGCUUUAGUUGAGAAUGAUGGAAUGAUUCAAUUGCUCGAUGAUCAUCAAUUCAAUGAUAUCUGCUUUGAUUGAG